GGUGUGGUUCGCCUCACCCGGCGAGCAUGAGACGGCCGCUAGCUCGCCAGCCGCGGCCCGUCUCGUAGUGUGGACUCAGAUGGGGUAGGGUUUUAGUACACACGGCCAGACCGGCGGCAGAGCUAGCGCCCCGCGCUUCAGAAACGACAGACCGACACAAGCGCCCGCCGCGGCGCUGCCGGGAAGCACUCCACUCGCAGGCCUCAGGCAGCCUCAGGUCUCGGGCCUUGGCCGCUGUCAGUGCGUGUAGUGACAAGUCGCGCGUCGCGUCGCCGAGUGUCAACCGGUGCAUGGCGCAGGACCACUCCGCUGCCCAGGUCGUCGCGGUCCUCCACACCUGAAGCACCAUGGGCUUCGGCUGGUCGGCGCCGGUCCCGGAGGUGGAGGUGAAGACGGGCCAUCUUCGCGGCAAAGUAGGGCUCACCCCGAAGGGCGUGCGCUACCAUGCCUUCCAGGGCAUUCCCUACGGCAAGCCGCCCGUCGGGGAGCUGCGCUUCAAGGCCCCCCAGCCCGCUGAGCCGUGGACUGGCGUCCGGAACGCGACUGCGGAGGGCAACCCUUGUUACCAGGCGCCCAUGCCGCUGGAGGCCCCCGGGGGAAUGAGCCUCAAGACUGUCUACGGACUCUUGAAGAACCUGCCGGCCCUCGCGAACCGCUACAUGGUGAGCAAAAAACAGAGCGAGGACUGCCUGUUCCUGAACGUGUACACGCCCGUUUGCGGGCCCGCCGCGCCCGCGCACGUGUGGAGGCCGGGCGGCGGCCAGGUGCACGCGGCCCCCGAGACCAAGGAGGCCGCCAACGCGCUGCGCCCCGUCAUCUUCUGGGUCCACGGCGGCGCCUUCAAGUUCGGCGACGGCAACGCGGACAUGCUGUCGCCCGAGCUGUUCCUGGAGAAGGACGUGCUCGUCGUCACCAUCAACUAUCGGCUCGGCCCGUUCGGCUUCCUGACGCUGGGCACGGAGGACGCGCCGGGCAACGCGGGGCUCAAGGACCAGGCCCUGGCGCUGCGGUGGACGCACGAAAACAUCCGCGCGUUCGGCGGCGACCCCUCCGCCAUCACCAUCUACGGGGAGAGCGCCGGCGGGGCGUCGGUGCACCACCUCGCCCUGUCCCCGACGUGCAAGGGGCUGUUCAGGGGCAUCAUCGCCAGCUCGGGGCUGGCCAUCAGCCACUGGGCCACCUCGGGCAAGGAGAACGCCGUGGCCAGCGCGCGCGGCCUGGCCAAGGAGCUCGGCGUCCCGGGCUCCACCCCGGAGGAGCUGCUCAAGGGGCUGCGCGCCGUGGACCCCGUGGUGCUGAACGCGGCGGCGGGCACGAUGACCCCCGUCAUGACCUCCAUGACGGACGAGCUGAUGUGGCUGCCCGUGGUGGAGGAGGAGCACCCGGGCGCCUUCCAGACCGAGGACCCACUGAGCCUGGUGCGGGCCGGCAGGUUCAGCGACGUGCCCCUCAUGACGGGGGUGUGCAGCGCCGAGGGCCUCGUCUGGGUGCUGCUUGGCAAGAUUCACGACGACCGGACCUACAAGAGCAUCAACGAGAUGGAGUACUACUUCCUGCCGCCCGACCUCCGCGAGGCCCUGAGCCCUGAGCAGCGCGACAAGUGCGUGCAGGACAUCCUGGACGAGUACACGGGCGGCAAGCCCUUCUCCCAGGAAUCCGUCGGCGGCUUCAUCGAACUGUUCGGUGACGUCUUCUUCAAGACUCGGUUGGUCAACCUGGCCCGCGACCACACCAAGGCUGCUGCCGGCGCCGGCUUCACCAACGCCCCCAUGUUCGUGUACCACUUCGACUUCGUUGGCCGCUACAACUGCCUCAAGUGGUUCACCAAGUCCAAGAUGGGCAAAACCAUGACUCCAGUGAAAGGGGCGGCGCACGGCGACGACCUCUGGUACGUGUCCAACAUCCGGGUGUUCCCCUUGCCCAGCCUGGAGGCCACGAGCCGCGAGGAGGUUUGCCGAGAGCGGAUGGUCACUUUCUGGACCAACUUUGCCAAGACGGGGAACCCCACCCCGGCCGGCUCCGACGAGAAGCUGCCCAUCAAGUGGACGCCCUGCAGCGAAACGUCGAUGCCCUUCAUGGACAUCGGCAGCGACCUGGAGCUAAAGACCGGCGCCCCGCUGUACCCGCGCCAGGCCUUCUGGGAAGGACUGUACCAGAAGUACAUGGGGAAGCCCCUGACACCGUGAAGCAAACGCCCAAAACGUCCUGUUGGCUGCUCGUGUCUGUACCUGAAUGAAAGGAGGACCCCCUCCGCGGGGUUGGUGUGAGUGAAUGUUUGCGUGCGUGCGUCUUAUACUAUUUUGUAAGGUGAAUGAGGCUGGGCGAGCGCAUACCUAAAGUUACCUACUGUUCUAGAACAUGAUAGAAAUCGAAACUUUACGUAAUAAUUAAUUAAAUGAAAAGUAAUGAUUACGUAAUCAUGGCGGCCAGACUUGGCUUGCUCGCGCACGCUGCCGCGUUUCUCUAGGUUUCAUAUUUAAUGCCACUGCGGCCAUCGAUUCGCUGGUCGCGUCGAUGAAAGUAAUUUAUUCCGGGACUCCAACGAAAAUGUGUAUCCUGUGGGAUCGUUUUGUCGCCCUGUCCCUCUGUGUAUGUCUCUCUCUGGCAUCCCUACGGAACGCCGCAUGAGUGCGACAGAGACUGAGCGAUGAAACGAGACUUUGGAAUCGCUGGGUUGGUGAGCCUGGUGGGUUGGCCACCGACGCGGCACCCGGGGCGUGUGGGUUGCGCACCGCCCGGGCGCUGUGGCCUUAUCGCGCUGUCAUGCAGUCUGUCUCUGUCUCUCUGCACCUGCUGUGCAAUGUGCAAGGAUCUCAACUUUGUUACUGUUUCUUCGAGCCACUUGUUGCUGCAUUGUGAUUUUAAAUCGCCACUGUCUGAAAAAUGUACUUUUGUAAAUAAAAUGAUUUUCCGUGUAGUA